GAGACUUCACUCAAAUGUAGCGCGGGACCGUUGUUAAAAACAUUAAUGUUGAACCAGAAAACAGUUACAGCUUAGCGCAUACGAAUCUCAUGGUAAUUUAGAGUCGAGCGAGAGUAAUUUACGCCGUUUUUGGCUCUCUUUGGUUCGUAAAACUUCGCGCUGUUGUGACAGUUUGUCUGUGGCUUCAGCUCGUUGUCAGACGGAGUUCCUCUGAGGUUUGUUAGCUGUUUUUCUUUUUAGCUCGGCAGGCUAAUGGAUUCUACGGAGGAUUUAUCCCCUCGAAUUCUCCUCAAGCAAAUUCUGAUCACCGAGCCGCCCAGGACUCCUGUCGGCAGCAGUGAGCCCCAGGCAGCAGGUAGCAGCGAGCCACGGCGCAGCAGCAGGCGCAGCAGGAGAGAUGCUGAGCCCCAAACUCCACAGAACAUCCUGCGACGCAGCCUGAGGAACAAAAUCCAGGAGAAUAUAACCAGGAAAUCCCUGCCUCUCAAGCGAAGAACCGCCUCCGCUGUGCUCAGACAGCAACGUCCCUCCUCCUCCAUGAUGUUUGAUGAUGGAGAAACUCCCAGGCAUUUACUCAGGAACAUCCUGCAGACAGAGCCUGUGAAGUCCCCAGUGGUUCAUGACAAAGUCGCCCCUGCAGAGCUGCAGCCUCCUUCAGAAGACAAUACAGUUACUAGAAGUCGGUCUAGUUUUGAGCUGUCAGGUCUGGAUCUGCCGGAUGUGACGAUGGGGAACAUUGUGAGCGCCGCUAAGGGCCUGAGCAGAAAGAGACCCCGUCAGAGCCUCAAUGUCACCGCUUUUGAAAAACGACUUAAAGGUGAAAACGAUGCUGAAGAACCAGAAAAUUCAAUAGGUGAACAUUCAUCUCUUUCCCUGUCAAGCUCCUCCUCCCUGAGUCUGAAAACCCCGUUUGUCGACGUUCACACUGAGAAGAGAGGCCUUCAGAGACGAGUUUCGAACCGCAGAAAGAUCACAGAGGAAGAGUUUAGUGCUGCCCUCAGCAAGCAGCAGACGGGAGAUGUGAGCCGCGAAGCACUUCAGGGGCGAGAGGUCGGCGGCGAAGACACAAACUUGGCGGGAAUUACGUUGGGUCUGAGCAAACUGAGCGAGCCCGACGUCACGGUCGACAUCGUGAACUGCCAGACGGCUCUGUACGACCAGCAUGACGCCAUGACCUCCAACUUCUCCAUCACUGCCACUCAGGAUAAACCCACCGUCAUGGCGACUCAGCUCCAGAGAGACAUGCAGGAGGAGGAGGAGAGACAGAAAUCAGCUGAAGAAGAAGAAGUUAUGACCAACAUGGAGGAAGAAGAAGAAGUUAUGACCAACAUGGAGGAAGAUGAAGAAGUUAUGACCAACAUGGAGGAAGAUGAAGCCAAGGAAAUUGCUGAUAAAACACAAGAUGUUUCAUCAAAACCUGAGGAAAAGGACGAUGCAGUUGGAUUCCAGACUUUUGAUCUGGAUGAUGGAACUGAGGCUGCAGCCGAUUCUCAGUCUGAAGACGUCGAAGGAGGUUCUGAGGAAGAGGAGGCUGCAGUGGGUUCUCAAGCUGAGGAUGAAGGUGUGGAGCAAUCCCCAACUGAGGAAGAAACUGCAGCCGAUUCUCAGUCUGAAGACGUCGAAGGCUCUGAGGAAGAGGAGGCUGCAGGUGAGGAGGAGGAAGGUGUGGAGCAAUCCCCAACCGAGGAAGACGCUGCAGUAGCUUCUCCAUCUGAGGAAGAGGAUGCAGUGAGCUCUCAAGUUGAGGAUGAGGGUGUGGAGGACGGUCCUCCUGAAGACGCUGCAGCGGCUACUCCGUCUGAGGAAGAGGAGGCUGCAGGUGAGGAGGGGGAAGGUGUGGAGCAAUCCCCAACCGAGGAAGACGCUGCAGUAGCUUCUCCAUCUGAGGAAGAGGCUACAGCUGGCUCCCAACCCGAGGAUGAAGGUGGAUCAGUAGUAGGACUUAAUCAACUCCAACGUGACAAUGAGGAAAAGUGGGACGGAGCCGAUCAUCAGACUGACGAAGACUAUAAGGAUGAAGAGAGGAAUCGGGAGGAAGAGCGACACAUCAGUCGCAGGGCUUUUCGCUCAGAGGGCGGGCUCGUUCUGCCCGUCGUCAAGGCGACAGAAGGUAUCUCAGUCAUAAAGUCCAAAAGCUAUAGCGCUCUGGGUUUGAACACCAGCUUGGAAAGAAUUCAGAAUCAAACUGGAAAACCAGACUGGGCUAAACCUUCGCUCCAACAUCUGGACGAAGAUUCCUGGGAUGUAAACGAUCCGGCGGACAGAAAAAACGCCUCGUUCCACCUCCUCCGUGUCAGCCAUGAUGCAGAGGUCAGCGGGCAGCAGGAGGAUGUUGAAGCUGCUGCAGAGGAAGAGUCAGAUGAGGAGGAGGAUGAUAAUGAAGAUUUCCCAGGCAAGACGCCAGCUUUUGUCAGAGAGAAAAUAAAGUUUUUUACCUCCAGUCUUCCAGCGUCGCCUUCAGUUUCUAAAAAUCUCCCAGCAAGUGCAAGCGAAGCUUUACCUGCAGCUAAACCAAAGCAGGCGAGACGGCGGCGAACUGGGCUGUCCAGGAGGGAAACAGUCCUACCAAAGACCUACCUGACCAGUGUCUUCAAGCACUUUGCCAAAACAAAAGUCUCUGCAGAUGUCUUCCCCGUCCUAAAUGAAAUAAUGGAUAAGUUCUUCGACCGUGUUGCUGAGGACCUGGAGACGUACGCGGCCCACGCCAAGAGAAAAACUAUCGAAGUUGAAGAUGUUGAGCUUCUGUUGAGACGGCAGGGAUUCGUAAACGACAAGGUGCCAGUGGAGGUUCUCAUUGAAAAGUAUCUGCGCAUGGACCAGCGAAAGAUCCUAAUCCCCAUCGCAACCAGUGGAAAUGUUGUGAUCCCUAAAAUACGGAAGUGAAUACUUUUAAAGAACCUUUUUUGUCUAUUUAUCUCUGUUAAUAAAUGUUAUUUCUAUA